AUGUCGUCUGUUAUAUCGCCUGCGUCAUCUGCUGCUUCGCCCAGCGUGCUCGUCCCAUCCUUGGCUCCCGCCAUGCAAGCGUCUCCGUCGGUGGCCAUGUCGCCGACUCCCGGACUGGGUGGCUCUGUGACCACCAGGGAAUGGGUUAUCCCACCACGACCAAAACCCGGUCGAAAGCCAGCAACAGACACUCCGCCAACCAAAAGAAAAGCCCAGAAUCGCGCCGCGCAACGUGCUUUUCGAGAAAGACGCGCUGCCCGAGUCGGUGAACUCGAAGACCAACUUAAACAAAUCGAAGACGAAUAUGAUUCUCGUGAGUUGGAGCUCAAAAACCAAGUCACUACCCUUUCCGGAGACCUGGAACAAUGCCAAACCGAAGUCUCGUGGUGGAAGAAGCGUUGUCACUCCUUGGAGCGUGAAGUCGCUCGAGAGAGAAGUGAAAAAGAGGCACUUCAGAAACGUGCUACGUCGACUCCAGACACAGUGCCUAUCAACAUUCGUAGGAAGAACAACAGAUCGCAGACUCGUCAACGAGGCACUGCAGAAAAUGAGCAAGGUGAUCGCUCUGCUGGCGACGGUCAACAAGAAAAUGUGUCAACAGGCUGCGAUAAUUGUUCGACGGCCCAUUGCCAAUGCAUUGAAGACGUCAUUCAGAUUUCUAACCUGAUCGACAAACCCGCAUCGAACCAUAGCCAAGAGCCUGCCGUCAAACAUGAUCCGGAUGCAAUGGAAAUCGAUUUCACAACUCGCUUUUCCACCGCACGUACUUCGGUCGUUGUUGAUUCCAGAACAACAUCUACGCCUCCGGCAGAGCGUUGUGGGUUCUGUGGAGAUGGCACUGUUUGCCUCUGCGCAGAGAUGGCGGAUCAGUCCAGACAGGAAAACCUGGUGCAGAACCGUCUCGCUCCAAUGCAAAAAUAUUCCGCAUUCACACCGCCUCCAUCAGACGGUGACGUGCGAGAGGUGACAUUGCCGCCGCUGAACCAGGCUACAAAUCCUUGUGCCAACGGGCCUGGUACCUGUGCUCAGUGUCAAUCCGACCCUCGCAGCACCCUGUUUUGCAAGACUCUGGCUGCCUCCCGGGCCGCAGAAGGGCUCACCGGAUGCUGUGGUGGCAAAGGGGCCGACGGUGGUUGCUGUCAGUCUCGGGCACCGUCUCGUGUCGUCGCUCCACGAGAUGCAAGCCCUCUGACCCUGACAUGUGCCGAUGCAUUCACCACCCUUUCGCGCCACCCAAAAUUCUCCCAAGCGAGUGAUGAAUUGGGCAGCUGGCUGCCAAAACUGCAUACUUUGCCAAAGCCAUGCGAGCCUUCUCUGGGUGAUGCAAUGAGCCCUGGUAUUUCCAGUAGGCCUGCUUUGGAGGUCGAAGCUGCCAGUGUCAUGGGCGUUCUACGAUACUUUGACAGGAGGUUUGCAUCGAAGUGA